UUUGUGUGUUUGUUCGCUUGUUUAUUUUGUCCAUUGUGUUUCUGUUGUGUGUGUGUGUGUGUUUGUUGCCUGUGCCCGUAACGCCUCCAUUACUCGCAGAGUUCCCCUCCCCACCAUCACCACCUCCUCCUCCUUCUCCUCCUCCUUCUGGCACGCGUCCCUGAGAGUGUGUACCUGAGAGAGCGUACCUGAGAGUGUGUACCUGAGAGAGCGUACCUGAGAGUGUGUACCUGAGAGUGUGUGCCCGCCUCAGUGGCUCAGGUCAGGGAUGGACACGAAGAACAUGCGCGAGUACCUGGGCUGGCUCUACUACCAGUACCUGCUCAUCACCGGCAUCUACGUGCUGGAGCCCUGGGAGAAGUCCAUCUUCAACACCGUGCUCUUCACCAUGGUCGCCAUGGUGAUCUACACCUCCUACGUGUUCGUGCCCGUCCACGUGCGCCUGGCGCUGGAGUUCUUCUCUGGCGUGUGCGGUGGCCAGCAUGAGAGCACCAUGGCCCUGAUGAACUAAAGGCGACGAAGGAGGAAACUAAGGGGGCAGUGGGCAGGA